AUGGACCAGCCAUGGAUAGAAAAGCAUCGACCACAGUGUCUUGAGGACAUUGUGGGAAAUGAGGAAACGAUAAAACGUAUGAAAGUAAUUACUGAGACUGGGAACCUUCCUCAUAUUCUUUUGGCUGGACCCCCAGGGACAGGAAAGACAACGAGCAUGCUAUGCCUAGCUCAUGCGAUGCUGGGAGAUGCUUACAAAACUGCAGUGAUUGAGUUAAAUGCCUCGGAUGACAGAGGAAUUGAUGUUGUAAGGGAAAAAAUCAAGCUAUUUGCUCAAAGCAAGGUUAGUUUACCGGAGGGUUCCCAUAAACUUGUUCUUUUGGACGAGGCAGACAGUAUGACACCAGCGGCGCAGCAAGCGCUUCGUCGCAUCAUGGAACUGUACUCGUCGACAACUCGCUUUGCCCUCGUAUGCAACAUAUCUUCCAAGAUCAUCGAGCCGAUUCAAAGUCGAUGUGCAAUUCUUCGGUUUAAUCGCCUGAAAGACACCGAGAUUCUGGACCGUCUUCUCCACAUUUGCGAGGAGGAAAAGAUCACCUACACAAACGACGGACUCUCUGCACUGCUGUUUUGCGCUGACGGGGAUCUCCGUGUGGCCGUCAACAGUCUCCAGGCCACGUUCUACGGAUUCAACGUUGUGAACGAGGAGAACGUGAUCAAGGUUUGCGAUCAGCCCCCUCCCGUCGUUGCGAAGCAGAUCGUGCAGUGCUGCGUGUCCAAAGAUAUGGUUGGCGCGCGCAGUGGGAUGACGCAGCUCUGGAAUCUCGGGUAUUCGUCCUCCGAUAUCGUGGGAACGAUUUUUAAAGUGACAAAAGACGCUGAUCUGACAGAGAAACUGAAGCUGGAGUUUUUGAAGGAAAUCGGCAUCUGCCAGUUGCGGAUUGCGGAAGGAGCGACGACUUUGCUUCAGCUUCUGGGCCUGGUAGCGAAGAUGUGUGAGAAAUAA